AUGGCCCGAUCCAACUUAUCAGCACACAGUCCCCAAAAGACCAAGCAGAAAUUGACGAAGGAAGAGCUGCUGGUGUUACAAUCCCAGCUAGAAGAAUGGAAGGAGGCCACCAGCAAGAAUAGAAAAGCGAUUCUGCAUGCAGUCAUAAGAGAGGCCAAGAUCCAAGUCCCUAAGAUGGAUUCCCAGCUGUUGAAGAAAAGGAAAUCUAUGUACCGGGACUGGUUGUAUAAUCAGAGAGCUGAAAAGACUCUCAAAAAAGAGAGUAAGUUUGGUAAGAAAUGGACCGCCCGGUUGGUGAUAGAACACCAGUACAAGAAGGAGAUAAUUGAAAAGACUGGAGGAAGGCCAGGAGGAAAGAAAAUGAUUAAAAACUACCAGGGAGCGGUCAACACAAUUAUGGGAGGUUUAUCUGAAGAGCAGCUGGAGGAAGCGAAGAAGACUGCAAUAGAGUGGUCUAGCAAGGCUCCUCCUACGGAUGUCCAGGCUGAGUUUACUCAGAAGAAAGCUCCGGGUAUGAUGAAAGAUCUUGCAACUCAGUUAUGGAGGCAGGCUGGUAUGAGGAUAUUCAUAUUGUCAGCAUGGAAAACAGGGGAAGGGGAAGUGAGGAUCAAUGGAAUGGACUUCAAUGAACAGUUGGAAGGUAAUAGUUUUACCAAUACAAAGGACUGGAAGCCCAUGUUAUCAGAGUGGAAUGCCUAUGUUGGAGAAGAGUUCGCAGUUGAUCAGAAUGAUGAGGAUGACAAUGAGGAUUGGGGGGGAAAGGACAGCGGAAAGCAAAGGAGAAAAAAGGAGGAGUUUGCUUUGGAGGUGGACACCUGUGGGCUUCCAGUCAUACCAGAUAUCGAGGACCUCAGCCUAGAAAAAAAAAAGUCUCUCAUCCACACAUUCCUCACAAGACACUACAGGUUUUGCAGUCAGAAGCCAAAGGCUUCUGUUCCUUGGUCUGCAGUGACGGAGGCUCAGGAUGAUUUUAUCAAGUCCAAGUUUUUACCUGCUGGUGUGAAGAUCAAGGACCCGUCAAAGCUUCAGUUGCAUGAAGCUGAUAAGCUGUUAGAGCUCUGGCAUCAGAGACAAAAGGACGAGGUUCCAUCAACAUUUGAAUUCAAAGGCUGGCAAAACCACAACAAGGAGAUGAGAGAACUGAAGAAGAGGACCUCUGGACAGGUGGAACAAGACUCCAGUAGUGAGGGGGAGGAUAGUGAUGAAGGUGCUGGUGAUGGCACGAGGUCCGGUCUAGCAACUGCAAAGACCAAGGCACCGGAGUCGAGUAGUGAGGGGGAGGAUAGUGACAAAGGUGCUGGCAAUGGCACAAAAUCUAGUCUGGCAACUGCAAAGACCAAGGUUCUGGUUAAAACACCAACUGGAAGGAUGGAGCUGGAGUCACGAAAGCCGACCAGACGGGUAGAGCAGGAGUCGAAUAAUGAGGGGGAGGAUAGUGAUGAAGGUGCCGGAUAUGGCAUGAGAUCCGGUCUGACGACAGCAAAGACCAGUGUUCCGGUUGAAAAACCAACUGGCAAGCCGACUAGGAAGACAACUGGAAGGAUGGAACACCAGUCAAGUCGCGAGAGAAAUGUAGGUGAUGAAGAAGUCCAAUUACUUCCUUCAAAGUCCAAAUCAAUUGGAAGGCAAAAUUGA